UCAUCACUGGCCAUCCCAGCCUCCAGCUCACGCUCCUGACUCCACACAGACCAACCCUCUGAUUUAAUCUCAUUAAUUAGAGUGGAUAAUUAAUGAAUACAUGAGGAAAUCCAAGACCUAAGAAUAGUAUUUAAUUAAUCUCAUCUACAAAAGUUUCUGACUGUCCAGUGAAGGAUCUUCUACCAGCUACCAGUGUGUCUGGAUUCCUGGAGCUCCAGCAUGAUGCCCUCAAGCCUGUUGCUUUACUGGUUCUGCUGCUGGACUCUUUACUCAGCACCAGUGGCCUGGACCAGUGCAGUGGACCAGCAGAUCAUCCCUGAAGAACUUAACGGGAACACUGCUGCAGUUCUGGAGGAUGAAUUGGAUAAUCAGGAGAAUAUUUUAACUCAGCUCUUAGGGGACUAUGAUAAGGUGAAGACGGUGUCGGAGGGGCCGGACUGCCGCUGUAAGUGUGUGGUCAGGCCGCUGAGCCGGACUGCCUGCAGGCGUAUCGAGGAGGGGGACGGCAGGGCGGAGGAUUUUUACACCGUGGAGACGGUGACGGGGGGACCCAACUGCAAAAAGUGUGCAUGCAUCGCCCCGCCCUCAGCCCUGAACCCCUGCGAGGGAGAUUACAGGUUCAAAAAGCUCCAGGAGGCGGGGCAAACUGAUAUCAAGCUCUCCACUAUAAUGGAUCUACUGGAGGGAGCUUUCUAUGGGAUGGAUCUGUUAAAGCUGCACUCAGUGACCACCAAGCUUCUGGAGCGCGUGGACAACAUGGAGAAGACGUUCUCCAUAAACAUGACAAAGGAACGAGGGAGUGUGAAAGGAGAGAAAGGUCAGGGGAAAGGGUCGCGAGCCCAGCAACGCCUGGAGAAGAAAAGACGCCUGAGCGAGUUGGAACCUUCUCUGCAAAAGAAAGUGGCGGCAGCUUUCUCUAACUCUGAGAGGAAGUAUGAGGAGAAGUUUGUGGGGGUUCAGGGCUCCGGCAGACCCCUGCUGAAGAGGAGCCACUCUGAGGGCCCUGAGGAGCCGAAACCUGCGAAGACUAAAGUGGGACAAAAUGGGAUGAGCAUCAGGAGUGUGACCUUCUACAAGGCUGAUACUGAAGAGGAAGAGGAUACAGGGGAACAGAAUGCAGCGACGGAAGAAGUCCUGAGUGGAGAUGGUUCAGUGGACUUAGUAAUAGAAGACCAGAUCCCCAAGCAGCAGCAGACCGCCCCCACUGCGGCCACAGGCCCUUUAACCACAGCCACCGCGGCUCCAGAACCAAGACCCAAUACCAGCUCUCAGAUCAUCAGCAACUCAGCUGAUCCUCUGGACAGACCGACCACCACAAAUCUGCUCACCGUCACAAAACUGCAGCAGCAGAAAACCCAGGAGACGACUUCCACCAGCUCCACAGCGCCGGCCGCCCACACCACCUCAACCACAGUCACCACACAGCCGGCGGCCACCAACAAAGCACCAUCCAUCACCGCUCCAUCCCAAGCAACAAAACCAGCACCACCACCCAACUCCAACUCUAACUCAACAGAUGCUGAGAAAAAGCACAAAUCCAGACUCACCUGGGACGAAGGACCUGCUGAAACAACCACAGUAACCCCAAAGAACACCGGUGUUUGUAAGGAUACGUUGUCCACUAUCAGCGAUCCUGUAACACACAACACAUACGGUCGUAAUGAAGGAGCAUGGAUGAAGGAUCCGAAAGGAAACGGCAACGUCAUUUAUGUCACAAACAACUACUUCGGCAGUAAUCUUCUGGAAUUCAGAGAUAUGGAUACGUUCAAACAAGGACGUUUAACAAACUCCUACAAGCUCCCGUAUAACUGGAUCGGAACGGGUCAUGUGGUCUACAACGGAGCUUUCUACUACAACCGGGCCUUUUCUCGCGACAUCAUCAAAUUUGACCUGCGUCUGCGGUACGUAGCAGCCUGGACCACCCUGCACGACACUCUGUUCGAGGAGGAGGAGGAGUCCCCCUGGAAGUGGAGAGGACACUCGGAUAUCGACUUUGCUGUGGAUGAAAGCGGGUUGUGGAUGGUGUACCCGGCUCUCGACGAGGAGGGCAUAUACCAGGAGGUGAUCAUCCUGAGCAAGAUGAACCCCUCAGACCUGCAGAAGGAGAACUCCUGGAGAACGGGCCUGAGGAGAAAUCGCUACGGCAACUGCUUCCUGAUCUGCGGCGUCCUGUACGCCGUGGACAGUUACGACCGCAUGCACGCCAACAUCUCCUACGCGUUCGACACGCAUACCCACACGCAGAUGGCGCCGCAGCUGCCCUUCAUAAACAACUACACCUACACCACCCAGAUCGACUACAACCCCAAAGACCGCAGGCUGUACGCCUGGGACAACGGCCACCAGGUGACCUACGACGUGAUCUUCGCUUAUUAAUUACUGUACGGGGUUUAUAGUAUCAGAUUAGUAAAAUACUGCUCAGCACUUUUUGUAUAAAGUAUGGAUUUAAGGAGUCUCAGUGGAUUGUGGAUCAGUCUACGUCUUUAGUAUGUUUUCUAUGAUUAAUAUGUCAAUAUUUUUAUGAAUUUAAUGUUCAGUGUUUGUCUGGUUGUGUGAAGUGCAUGUCUGUCUGCCCUGCUGAAAAAAACAGCCAGUCCAGCUUAAGAUUAUAAAGCUGGUUGACCAGCGUUAUCUAUUCUUGUUUAAAGCUAAGCGGGUCAACCAGCUUCUGUAGAUAAAGAGAAUCCAUUUAAACAAAUGAAACAAAAAUAUUCGUUUUUUUAUUUAUUGAGACAAAUGAUCCCAUGUUACAUAUAUGUGAGUGGUAAAAGUAUGUGAAACACUAGGAUUAGCAGAAAAUUUGCUGAAAGGUGAUAUUAGAGUCAGGUGUUUUCAACAAAUUGGAUGAUAAUCAGGUGUGGGUGGAGUUUGUUUUAUUUAAAGAACAGGUAUCAUAUUUCAUAUGUUUGUGAAAGUGUAUUAUGGCUUGAACAAAGGAGAUUUUUGAGGACCUCAGAAAAAGAGUUGUUGAUGCUAAUCAGGCUGGAAAAGGUUACAAAAUCAUCUCUAAAGAGUUUGGGGUACCACUUUAUAAGACUACCUUUAUAAAGGGUUUAUAAAUGGUUUACAAUUAGUUUAUUAAUGGUUAAUAACUAGGUUGUAAAUGCCUAAAUAAUUAAUAAUCAGUUAUAACACAUACGUAGAAAGGGCAACAAUAUAGAUGACUGUGGGUUCACUAUUUGGCAAACAACAGGUCAUUGUUGCCCUUUCUACGUAUGUGUUAUAGCUGAUUAUUAAUGAUUUUUAAGGCAUUUACAACCUAAUUAGUAACCAUUAAUAAACUAUUUGUAAACUAUUUAUAAAGGUAGUCUUAUUGUAAAGUGGUACGAAGUUUGGAAUCCACCAAUCCACAGUCAGACAGACUACAGUGUACCAAUUGAGGAAAUUCUAGACCAUUGUUACCCUCCACAGGAGUGGUCGACCAACAAAGAGACAUCACUCCAAGAGCAAGGCAUGACAUCAGUCUCUGAGGUCACAAAGGAACCCAUGGUAACUUCAAUGCAACUGAAGGCCUCUGUCACAUUGGCUAAUGUAAAUGAUCAUGUGUCCAUCAUCAGGAGAACGCUGAACAACUGUGAUCAUAUGGGCAAGACAGAAGGCUACUGGAAGAAUGUUUUUUGGUUUAAAUAAAAAGCAUUAUGUUUGGAUAAAGGAAAACACUGCAUUUCAGCACAAAAACCUUAUUCCAUCUGUGAAACAUGGUGGUGGUAGUAUCAUGGUUUGGCGCUGUUUUUUUGCUGCAUCUAGGCUAGGAUGGCUUGCAAUCAUUGAUGGAACAUUGAACAAAGAAAAAAAAUCAGGAGAUCUGUCUAUGAACUGAAUCUCAGGAGAAGGUGGGUCAUGCAGCAAGACAAUGACCCUAAACAUACAAGUUGUUCUACUAAAAAUGUUUACAAAAGAAUGGCAAAGUCAAAUUCCUGACCUUAAUUCAAUGGAAAUGUUGUGGAAGGGCCUAAAGUGAGCAGUUAAUGUGAGGAAACCCACCAAUAUCUCAGAGUUGAAGCUGUUCUGUGUGGAGGAAUGUGCUGAAAAAUGUUUGAAGCCAGUGGGCAGUAGUGAUCAACAGUUACCAGAAACAUUUAAUUGGAGCUAUUAGUUCAGUUAUUGAAGGUGGGUCACACCAGAUACUGAAAGCAAAGGUUCACAUACUAAUUUUCCUAAACAAAUAAAUUAAUUAGUAUAAUAUUUUUGAUUUAUUAGUUUAACUGGGUUCUCUUUAUCAUAUUUUAGGACUUGUGUGACAAUCUGAUGAUGUUUUAGAUCCUAUUAAUGCAGAAAUAUAUAUGUGCUGGUAUGCAAGUAGGAAGCAGGUUAACUGCCUGAACAGUUUUGUUGUUGCCAAACAUGGAUGACCUACUGGUAAACCAGCUUGGUUAUACUGGUCAUGCUGGUCUUCAUACUAAUUCAUACUGGCUGACUAACUGGUAAAGCAGCAAAACUAUCAAACUCAAAACAUAAAAUAAAAACAUACCAUAUUCUGACCAAUAUCUAAGCUCUAAGAUCUAAGCAGUCAUCUCAGAAAGGUUUAGAUGGUUAAAGCUGGUUUAAACUGUGUUUUUCAGCAGGGUUCUGUGUGAUUCAGUGAGAGAUUGUUCAGUCUAAAUGGGCCAAAACAUUUACUGAGAUGUCAAAGACAAAGUUCUUACUGUAACUGCAUCCAAUGUACUGUAAAUGACUGUUGUAUAUACUGUAGUUAUUUAAAAUAAAUCUGAUGACUGUAUAA